ACGCAUCAUUAAAAGGGGUUCCAUAUUCCAUGUCAUGUCAACACUGAACAUAUUGAAAACUGCAGGCGUGUGACUAUAAUUGGGGUUAAAAAUCUACGAGGAGACUAAUGGGUAAUGGUAGUUUUUACCUAUGACUGAGCCAAAUGUAAAAGGAUGAACAUGUCUAGUGAAAUAAAAAAUUGAUCGAGUGUUCGCACAUGAUGCACCAGACACGCCUAGUUCUGCGCAAGCUAACAUGGCAUCGUUAAUCGUCCAACGCGUUACGAACCGAGUGUGAGCGCCGUGUGUCUAGGCUUGCAAGACACCCACCAGUUCCCACAGACAUCACGAUUCUCGUGGGAAUCGGAGCGCGAGAGUGAGCGAGUGCCCGUGACACGACGCCAUGUUUGGCGUCUCGCUCAACCUCAGCAGACCGCAGCGGCUGCUGCUGGGCAUCUUCGUGCUCUUCCUCGUCGUCGUCAUCUGGGUCGCGUCCGCCGAACUCACGCAGUACAUCUUCAAGGAGCAGGGUUUCAGCAAGCCCUACUUCACCACCUACUUCAAGACGUCGCUCUUCAUGCUCUACCUGACCGGCUUCGUGUUCUGGAUGCCGUGGCGGCAGCAGUGCCGCUCCGCCGCGCCCGGCGUCGUCGAACAAGCCCUCAUCGCCGACGACGUCGCCACGGCGGAGUCCGACCAGCUGAUCAGCGACCCGCAGUUUGUCCCCGUGCGAUUCAGCGACUCGGAGAUCGAGCGGGCGAGCGGCACCGAGUCGGACGACUCGAACAUGAGUCUCCCGCGCGCCGUCCGCUUCAGCAAGGUCAAGGAGGUGCGGCAGCUGUCGGAGUCACAGGGGGAGGAAGCAAACCUUGCGCGGCUCUCGUACAGCGCGUCCGUGCGAGCCGAGGAGCUCAUCAAGCGCGCCGCAAACAAGCUGACCAUCCGGCAGGUCGCGAAGUUCGCGCUCAUGUUCUGCUUCGUGUGGUUCGCGGCGAACUGCGCGUACCAGGAGGCGAUUGCGGACACGCAGCCGGGCGUCGUGAACGUUCUCGCGAGCACGUCGGGCCUCUUCACGCUCGUCCUCGCCGCCAUCUUCCCGAGCGCGGCCGCGGACAAGUUCUCGCUGUCCAAGUUCGUCGCGGUCGCGUGCAGCGUCGGCGGCGUCAUCGUCGUCAGCCUCUCCGACCUGCAGCUCGACGGGAACGUGCCCACCGGCGCCAUCUGGGCGCUCGUCAGCGCGAUACUCUACUCGGUCUACCUCGUGCUGCUGAAGAAGAAGGCCGAGAACGAAGAACGGCUUGACAUCGCGAUGUUCUUCGGCUUCGUCGGGCUGUUCAACUUCGCGCUGCUCUGGCCGGGAUUUCUCGCGCUGCACUACUCCGGCCGCGAGCGCUUCGAGUGGCCGACGCGGCAGCAGUGGCUCUACCUGUGCGUGAACGGCAUCAUCGGCACCGUGCUGUCCGAGUUUCUCUGGCUGUGGGGAUGCUUCCUGACGUCGUCCCUCGUCGCGACGCUCUCGCUGAGCCUCGCGAUCCCGGCGACGAUCCUCACCGACGUGUUCAUGAACCGCGUCGACUACUCCUGGCAAUUCUUCGCCGGAUCGGUGCCGGUGUUCGUGUCGUUCAUCUGCGUCGCCGUGCUGUCUCACUACGAGACGUGGGACCCGAUCCUCGUCGCGGUGCGCAAGCUGACUCACUGUGUGUGCCGGCGGCCCGCGCACAAGCUCACCACGCGCAUGCGGGAGUUGGACGACGAACAACGCGAGAGCCUCAUAGGCACGAACAGCCACAAGUCGUGAAGCUAGGCAUCGACGACGCGCACGCACGCACGCGCGUACGAUUGCGUUCGUGCAAAGUGCCUAGUUUCGUUGCCUAACUAUGUUCCAUCAUCGAUCAGUUCGACGUAUGCAUUCCUCGUCACAAAAUGCCGAUUCUGUACACACACGACUUCAAGUUGCAUUGCAUGAAUCGAUGACUUCGAUGCAUUAAUGUCUAUGUAAGCGCAAUCCACCAUGUUAGCAUUGUUAAUAAUUUAUUUCUUAUUAUGUUAAGAAUAGUAGGCGUACUAAAUUAUAUUGCUAUAAACAAACCUUACUGUUAGUGUCACGUGUAGUAUAUCCUAAUAGUCAGUAUUAACUUAGGGGAACACUAAUCGUAAAAAUCCUUAAAUGUACAAUUUUCCUAGAAGAAAGUAUUCAAUUAUAAAUUGAUCACACUGAAUGCUGGUACAGGAAUAAUAGUAGCCCGGCUUUAUUUCGAAACAAUGGAAAUGGUAUCAUGUAAACUUGUUUCGGGGUUUUGACUCACUAUAUGGGCUUUCUUGACAAAAACACUGGUCAGUUAGUCUUUCGGGGAAAAAAGUAAACUAAUUUCCAGCAAGUACCAUGUAAAUUAUUUGUAAACUAUUUAGCAUAGCGUAAUUACCUAGAGUUGAAAGAAUUUAGCUCAAAGGUAUUUAUGUGACUGAAAAAUAAUCCUAUUAUUCCUAGUCAAUAUACUAGUAAGUAUUUUUGCAAAUAUGGCCUAAAGAGAGUAGGAUAGGAUUAUCAGUCAUCAAAAACCAGAUAGUCUGGUGUACAUAUCAAUAAGUAUAAGGGACUCUUAAUGUGCUAGUCUUGUCUUAUCGACACCCUGAAUCUGUCAUCACACUGUGAACUGUAAAUAGCCUGUAAAUGUCAAAAUUGUCAUGAUGAAUCGGUAGUGAUCAAUCUAUGAAUGAAAACUGUGGAAAUGAUAAUAACGAAAGUUAUUUGCUAGGCGCAUCCCUUCCAAUUAUGAUGCAAAGCUGUGCUCCUGUGUAACGUAUGAACAAGAGUUUCAUUACCAACAGUCUGGUGGACCAUACAUAAGUCUUACACUGAUGUAAACGUUUAAAGCAGAAGGUGAAAAAUACAAUAUGAGACAUAGCAGAUGGUAAUGCACAUGUCCCUGGGCUUUCUUUUGAACUACUAUUGAAAUGGAGCAUAUUUUUAAGAUGCAGCUAUUUCGAUAUUUUUGUACAUAGGCCCAUUUAAUUAAUACUAGUUAUCACAUUUCCAAUCUUCAAGCAUCUUACUCUGAAAGGUGGGCAAUUAUGGUAGUAAGAAAUGCCUACUUCUCAAAUUGACUUGGUGUGACAUACACCAAUUUCAAACCAGGUUAAUCUUUCAAUGUAUACAGCAAUUAUAUGUUAAACUAUGAUCUCCCUCUUGAAACUCUUCUACACCUCGAUAGACACCUGUUGAUGUCUAAUCUAGAUAUAUGCAUGUUAUGCUGGAUAAUUUAUGAAAUCAAAGGCAUGUGUAGCAGCUAUUUAUAGGUAAAGUAGAUUGUAAACUGGAAUUUAGGGGAAAAUGUCGAUCCAGUUUGGUGGAUUAGGUAUUGAAAUGGGUGAUAUUGUACUUAGGUGAUAAAUAUAGAGCCCAGCAUCUGCUAUGCUGUUUAACACACUAUGCUGAAUAAAAACGUUGUUGUUUUUUAUA